CCCUCUCCGAGGACAAUUUUUAACAUAUGAUCUUUGAACCCCCUUAAAAGCAGAAGGAGAGCCGGAUAUAUCUUAGCAUAAUCAUGGAGCAUUGGCAGUGGUUCAUUCCGUGUUAUGGAGCAUUGUGUAUUAUUUUUGUCUACCUGGACUACAAGACAAAGUCAAAGAUCGUAAAACUUACCUUGAAGUGCUCUCCACUGCUAAUGUUGAUGUUGGCUGUUACGAAGAACUUAAUAGUUUCUAGUGCUUCUACUUCACCGUCUGCACCUGGCUCUACUAAUAAAUUAUACCAG